AUGUUUGGUCCCGGCAAUAUUGUUCCCCGAGACAACACCAGCAUCCUACAACCUAAUAACCCGAUGGCCACUCCCCAUCAUCAAGUAGUAAGUCUUAAUAGUUUUAAAAUUAUUGUAUUAAUUUAAUGUUUUCAGGAAUCCCUGAACGUCCCAAUGACUCCCUUAUCCUCUUCCAAUCACUCGGCCUUCAAUGAAUCCAUAGAUUUAAACAACAACUUCCCCAAACUAGUCCCGAGCCAGAUCCCCAUGGCCAUUCCCAGCACUUCUCUGGCCAAUUAUAUCAUACCCUCACCAGUCAUUGAGAACAUUGUCUCCACUUGUUCAUUGGGUACUGCAAUUAAUCUAAAACACAUCGCUUUGAAUGCCCGCAAUGCUGAAUAUAAUCCCAAGAGGUUUGCUGCUGUCAUCAUGAGGAUCCGAGAACCGAGGACGACGGCGUUGAUCUUCAAUUCGGGGAAGGUCGUGGUCACUGGAGCCAAGUCUGAAGAUGCCUCCAAGUAAGGAAAAAAAGUUAAAAUUUAUGUGAAAGUAAAGAAAAUAACAGUCAGAACAUACGAAACUUUUUCAGAUUGGCCGCACGAAAAUUUGCCCGGAUUAUUCAAAAACUUGGAUUCAAUGCGCGUUUUCUGGAUUUCAAGGUUCAGAAUCUAGUAGCCGCCGUGGAUGUGCAAUUCUCAAUUUACCUGGAGGGCAUCAACCUGACUCACAGCCAAUUCAGCACCUACGAACCCGAGAUUUUCCCGGGUCUUAUCUAUCGGAUGGUUGUGCCAAGAGUCGUCCUUCUUAUUUUUGUCAGUGGGAAGGUGAGUAUAAAAAAUAAAAUCUCACAUGGCUGCUCAAUCUUAGAAAAUUCAUCUCUUAAUGAUGGAUUUUUUAAGGUUCUCUGUUUGUUAUUUAUGCAAACUUUUCUUUUAUGACGCCACAAGAGAAUCUAAAUAUGUUUACCUGCGGUCUAAUUGGUUUUCUUCAGAUCGUGGUAACGGGUGCCCAGAAGCGGAAUGAUGUAAUGGAUGCCUUCAACCAGAUCUACCCGAUGCUCAGGAGGUUCAAGAAAUGAGAUCUCCGUCUGUGAACAAUAUAAUUUAUUCUUUUGUUUAAUAAACUCCCAUCCAACCUCCCUUCCCACUUAUCUCGGCUAUCUGGGCAUUACGCAAUUAAUCCGGCGGCGAUGUUUGUAGCAAGUUGGACUGUGCGAUUCCUUCAGCCAAGUCCCUUUUCUCUUCUCAAGUGCCCCGUCCCGAGGUGUAAGAUGACAAUUCUCUCGAGAUAUCUCCAGUUUUAAUGGCUCGCUAUAACCUGUGCCGCGCAACGCAAAAAAGUCUUAAAACUUUUUACAACUCCGCCAAUAUUUCCAGUGCUAAUGGGGUUUUUAUUUGAUGAGCACGAAAGAGGGACGUGGAAAGUGUUUUCGGGCGUUUUAUUUCUUCUGAUCGCUGAUAUCGACAUCUCUUCUCUCAUGUCCAAUAUAAUGUCAGAUGCUGUUAUUAUUUGUCUAUCAAAAAACUUGGGAAUCCUUGCAUAUAUCUUGCAGAACCCCAAAUUACCGCGAUUCUCUUUUUAUCUGGGGAAUAAUUGUAGCCUGAGAUGUGAUUGCACAAUAAGGGGAGUGACCACCUGGCAUAGUGACAUGUUUUCUGAAUUGGUCAUCUAAUCCCUUCGUCAAAUUCCAGAGUCUGUACGACAAAGGUCAGCGCUUCCGGUUUAAGGUUUCCGGGAUUAAGUUCUCGAAGCUCGUCGGGUCUCUGGUCAUUUGGCUCUUUUUACUGUAAAAAAAGAUGGGUGGGGAGGGAUGUUAGAUCGGUGGAAUUAAUUGUAGAAUGAUUUGAUUACAGUUCGAAUACUCCACUCUAAGUAGUAGAAGAAUGAUUCAUCUUAAACUGCCCUUUAAACCCCCAGACCGCUGUUUUUGGCGCCUUAUUCCGUUCAGUCACAAAAUAAUCGACCUUUGCAUGUCGUGUAUACACGAAAUGUUUCAGUGUAAGUGGAAACUGUAACGUUAUUCCCGUCUGUUUGCCCUGAGAUCCACUUCCCAACCAUUUCCGUCAGCGCUCUAAUCGAAUUAGAAAGAUUCCUAGCAUCCAAUCGACCGUAUUUAUAAGGUGACCGCUGAUAUAUGACACUUGUUUAUGUCUGCUCUUGAGACGGGCAUAGACACUUAGCUCCCCAAUUUCCUACAUAUUUUUUAGGAUUGUUCUCUAGCUGCGCGUACAGUGUUUCCCGGUAUGAGACCAAAUGUUUCACAAAAUUAAUUCUGCAUAUAUCGUAUCCCGGAAGCCCGUGAAACUCCCAUAGAACCAUACUUCGAACACUCUUGCAAUUCUCCCCGCCCGCACUUGACCGCACCUCUCCUCACAGGGUUAUAACCACUUACUUCAUUGUGAUAUCCCGUCUCAGAACAUACGAAACGUCCCUUUACUCAUGUAAUUUCAGAAUGGAGAGGAGAAAGUCGGGAUUGGUUUACAACCGACUUCCAUUAUUCAUUCUCCAAAACAUUGGCAGGGAUAUGAAUAUCGAGGACAGGCUCAACUUCAUGGUAAGAUACCAUCUUUUACGACGAGUUUACUGUCGUUUUACGCAACUUUUAAUGACUCCGAAUCUUUUACAGUCAAUAAAUAUUCCAUUUAGUUUUAUUUUAGUUCCUUAUUUAAUUGCUCUAUUUUAUAUUCUUUUAGGACACCAGUCACAGGGUCCAUCGAGCAAUAAGGCCAUCAUUCCGUGUCUUCAAGAUCUUGCAGAUCAGCGAUGAAUCUGCUGAGACAUUUCUCCAAGAGAACGAGGAAGGGCCUCGGUUCCAUUUCCCCGCAAUCCGAUUGCCAGAUAUCCUCUCGCUCUGCACAAAUCUGGAGCAUUUAUCCAUCGCGAUCAGAGCGCCAUUUACCUUUGAACUGAAAAACGGGACAGGAAAUGGUCCCAUCUUCGGUGAGUGACAGGUUUAGGGUGCAAUUACACGAACGAUUUGUCGGCUCUUUAAAGACUAUAAUUAUAAUAUUACAGACAGUCCGAUGUUAAAUGUGGGCGGAUAUAUCGGACAAUUCUGGGCGUUGGCCCCCGAGGCGUUACUCAAAAGCCUUAAAUCCCUGUCACUGACGGUGGACCUUGUAUGCCCCUAUCUCCGGAACGUCUGCAUGCCCCUACCUUUUCAAGAUUUGUAUUUCGCGGUAUCUCAUCUUUUACAAUACGAUUUCACGACGUCAAUUCAGGUAAUUGCUGCAAAUCUCAAGAUGCCUUCGCUGUUUCAUUAGGUUAUACUACAAUUUUGUUUAGGUGGGCAUUUGUGCAACUGAAGAACCGAGUUUCCAAGAUAUCCCGGCUGCCAUGAGAAUGAAGGACAAUCUGCGAUGGGUGGCUUGGGAUAUGACGAGUAAAGGACACAAAGUAAACCUGGAACUGGACGACUACACGGGAUACAACGAUGUCACUGUGGAAGCCGGCAAUAUCGAUUAUUCCCUUGGAUUCUUCUACUUUAAUCCAGAAUUAUGUGAACCAGAAGAAGAGAGGAAGUUCGAAUAA